UGUAAGUAGGCUUGUAUAUAUCAUAGGUUCUCUUUCUCCUGAGCAUUCUAUAGAAUUAGGGCCAAUGCCUGAUUGAGACAUAUACUUUACAUAGGCUGGGCAUGGUGGCUUACAUCUGUAAUCCUAGCACUUUGGGAGGCUGAGGCAGGAGCAUUGCUUGAGUCCGGGAGGUAAAGACCAGCCUAGGCAACAUAGUGAAACAUUGCCUCUACAAAAAGAUAAAAAACAAGUAGCCAGGUGUGGUGGCAUAGACCUGUAGUCCCAGCUACUCAGGAGGUUGCUUGAGCCCAGAGGUUGAGACUACAGUGAGCCAUGAUCACGCCACUGCACUCCAGUCUGGGCAACAGAGUGAAACCUUGUCUCAAAAGCAAUUUUUAAAAAGGGGGUAAAAAAAUUAAAGAGACGUAUACUUUAAAUGAGCUCCAGUCACAUAUUCUUGCCCCUAAAUGUUAUCAAAACUUCCUACUCAUGUCAGUGAAAUCUAUAACAGAGGCUUGGUACGACUCAGCAAAUGCAGCAGAAAGCAUCACAGCUCAAAGUGAAAACUUGCCAGCAGGCUAGACAGCAGGCAAUAGAGCCAGUUAAAUCCAACUGACCCAAUAAGUUUCCUUUAAAAUAUCUAUACCAAUUUGCAUCACCAUAGGAAAUGAAAAGUUAAAUAGUGCAUGAUUAUACUAAACCAAGGAGCUCCUGGCUUACUAUAAGAGAUGAAUAAAAAAAAGAAUUGUAAUGCAGUGUGAUCAAUUGACAUAGAGGUUGGUUGAAGGCAUAAAUGAGAAUAGGUGGCUUUUCCAGGGUAGAGAAGGAGGUAGCAGAGAGCCUUCAAAGAAGGAAACAAUUGUGCUGGUCUAGAAGGAAGAUUAUGAAUUUUUCAGAUAGAAUGCAGUAGGGAUGGAGUGGAUUGGAAUCAAUAGCUGAGAAUUGCACAUGUGAAAUAUGUGCAAUGAUACAUUUGAGUAAUGUAAGAAGCUCAGGAUGGCUGAAGCAUAGGGAGUACACAUCAGCAGGUAGGCUGAAGCAGAUAUGUAGAUGUUUGUACUUUAUUGAAGGAAAACCACAAUAAAGUUUGCACUUGGAAAGAUCACCAUGGCAGAAAUGCAUGAAUAGCUUAGAGAGAAAGUCUAGAAUCAGGGAAACCCAAGGCUGCUGAUAGCCCAUGUGGAACUUUUGUACAAAUUAGAAAAGGGUACCCUCUCUCAAGUUACUUUUUACUUCAUUUUUUGGAAAAUGUUUAUAUCAAUAAUUACCUUACAACAGACAUUUUACUGAAAAGUGAGAAAAUUUUAAUAAAAAUAUAUAAUGCUUACAAUACAAAUGGUGCCUUCAUCAACAAAGUCAAGUGUAGGGACUGUGCAGAGCACACACUGCAUAAACAUGUAUCACUGCCCUGUGGAGACCAACUAGGUAAUUACUGCAAUAGCUUAGAUUGGAGAUGACAGUCCUACUGAGGUAGUAUGUUCUCUCUCUCACUCUCUUUCUCUCUCUCUCAGCAAAUAGCAGCAAUAAUUCAAGGGCUUGUGAUUUAUGUUUCCUCAGAUUUGAAACAAUAGAUAUAAGAUUUGAAGUAGUAGGACUCUUAAGAUGACUCCAAGUUCUUUCGGCUUUUUGUUUCUUUUGGUCUUGAGAAAUCAGGUGGAUAAUUACGUCCAUCACCUACUAAAAUGGAUAAUAGAGAUAGAAUCAGGAUGUUUUUGGGAGGAGUAUAUUAGGAAAUGAUGAGUUCAAUUUAGUUUCUGACAUGCUAAGUUUGUAGUCUUUGUGGACUUACCUAUGGGCAAUUAAAUGUGUUGAUCUGGAGCUCAAGAAAGAGAAUGGGCCAAAGCCAUAGACUUCAUAGUCACCAACACAUUGGUAGUUGUAAAAGACACAGGAAUGUGUAAGAUUCCAUGAGCUUUAGAGCAUCAAGAUUGAUGCUUGGCACCAUCCUACCAAAUAGGUUAGGAUAGGCCAAGGGAUGAAUGAGGUUAGGGCUGCAGGUUGGAGGUCUUCAGCUGGCUGUUGGGAGGCAUUAGGGCAGAUGGAGAUGAACAAAUAGGACCCUUGCUCCAUAGGAGUGUUUCUCAAAUUGUAGUCAUUGGACAAGCGGCGUCGUAAUUCCCUAGGGACAUUUCAUUAAUAGUAUAUAUUCCUGGCUACUAGUGCGGUUGAAUUAUAAUAUCUGGAUGUGGGACUCUUUUAUAGAAACUCUUUAUGGGUGAUUAUUAUGUAUAUUAGAGUGUUCUCUUUUCAAAUAGGUCCCUUUUUCCCAUAGUUAUGGUACUUGAGACUAGAUCAAUUUGCUUAGUAAGCAAAACUGUAGUUUAUGUUUAAACUAGGAAUGGAAAAUACGUAGCAUGUGGCCUUGCAUUUCCGUUUCCUAUACUAAUGGCAAGCCCUUUUCUGUUCAACCCAGUCAUGACCUUAAACUAUUUCUCAAUGCUCUGCUUCAGGCAGAUUCUACUAAGCAAUGAGUUAUCAGGCUAGAUGAAACACAUUAGCCACACCAGGCUUAACUUCUGGCUAUAUAAGAAGACAAGACACUUUUAGUAUUAAUACAUCACUUUAAUUUUUUCCUUUUCCACUAUAGUUAAGUGGCAGAAUAAUAUAUAUCUUACUAUUUUUCAUUCUAGCUAAUGUAAAGGAGUCGAUAGUAAAAGACGUAUUUUUUUCUCUCCCAUACUGAGAAGGUUUUACGUCUUAGAGAUCUGGGUUUCAUUAGCCUCAUUGACAAUUUAAUAGACAAAAAUUGUUUUCUAAAGUCUGAAGCUAGACUUUCUAGGAAAGGGAAGAUUCUUAAGGCUGGGAGGAGGAAGAUAAUGGCCCUAUUUAGGGGAGAGAGUAAUGAGCAUUCCUAAAAUUGAGAUAAUGUGAGUGGGCCCCUGUUGCCCAUAGUGCUGGAGUCAUGUAAUUGUUGAGUGUCCAGGAAGGCUGGACUCCAAUAACUGUGCCACUGAAUCGGUGUUGAGGAUUUCAUUGGUUGAGUUCAUGAACAGACAAAAGGAGGAGCCCCUUUGAGGCUGCCUAAUACCAGGCAAAUUGGAUGACAAAAAGGGUCAAAAAUAAACGUGGCUCCUUGGCUUCUCCCUCCCAUUUAUUUUCUGGCAUCUUAUAAGUCAGUAUUCUUGUAUGAUGUCAUGGGAGGAGGAACUGCAUCUCCCAUAUGACAAGUAUUGGACUGUUACUCAUCUGCCUUGAUGUGUAGGGGUUCAGAGAUAGAUUUAAUUUAAUUUUAGAAAAAUGAAGUAGUAUAUCUUUUCUUCAACCUACUAAUUUAUCCUCUAUAUAUGGAGGCAACACAGUUUCCUGAUUCAAGACACUGCCCCGGAUGCCAAUGCUCUGUUAACACAUGUAAAUGGCAUCCUAAAGUGGAGCAUGAGACAUAUAGAGAGGAAUCAGGAAAAUGGGCUGGUAUAAUGAGACAGGCAAUGUGAACAGAGAGGAAGUAGGCAUAGUGGUUAGGUACACUGGCUCUGAGGUCAGGCUGCCUGGGUUAUAAUGUAAGUUCUGCUAUAUUAUAAAUUAAUUUUUUUUUUGAGAAGGAGUCUCCCUCUGUUGCCCAGUCUGGAGUGCAGUGGUGCAAUCUUGGCUCACUGCAACCUCUGCCUCCUGGGUUCAAGUGAUUCCGAUUCCCCGGCCUCAGCCUCCCAAGUAGCUGGGAUCACAAGUGUGCACUGCCAUGCCUGGCUAAUUUUUAUAUUUUUAGUAGAGACAGGGUUUUGCCAUGUUGGCCAGGCUGGUCUUGAACUCCUGAUCUCAAGUGACCCACUCACCUUGGCCUCCCAAAGUACUGGGAUUACAGAUGUGAGCCACUGCACCCGGCCAAAUUAGUGUUAAUGUCAUUGUGUUUCAGUGUCCUCAUCUGUAAAAAGGGAUAAUAAUGGCAUUGCUUCAUAAUCUUGUUUUGUUAAUCAUAAUAUAAAAUGAAAUGAUGUGUAUAAAACUUUUAGUUUACUGCCUAGCAUAUUAGUUUUCAGUAAAUAUUAGUGAUCUGCAUUUUACACAUGGGUCCUAUGUGCUUACUGAAGAUGGCUGUAUCUUAAAGUCUAUAUAGAAAAAUGUAAUUAUCAGGAUUGAUUAAUUGCUGCUUAUUCUAAUUUAUUCACAAAAGGAUUUGAGGUGGCACUACAUAAGAUACAAAUAUAAAAAUAUUAGAACAAAGGGACAAAUAAGGAGAGUUAGAUGACAUCAAGAAGAUAUAGAAACACAGGCCACUAAGGCCCAACACUGCACCUGCAAGUGGGCCAUAUAUUCAGCACUGGGCUUUCAGGUAAGCAUUUAGGGCUUCUUCUUUCCAAGGUAGUCCUUAAAGUCAUACCCUUCCUAUAUUUUUAUCUUUUACCCCUUAUAUCUUGGCAACUUAGUCACAUCUCACGCUCUCUGAAGGGAAAAUGUGUUCAAAACCAAAUUCAUUAUGUUUGCUUCAAAACAGUUGUUUUUUUCUUUCUUCCUAAUUUUGGUUAAAGGCUCUACCAUAUGCCCAGAUCUCAGAUGUGAAACUCUGGGUUUAUCUUGGUCCCUUUCUCCUUAUAUCAAGUCCAUUAAAGUCCAUCUUUCCUACUUAGCCAUGUCUCUCCCAUCAGGUGUCAUCCUCCUUUUCUCUCUGCCAUCCCUCUGGCUUAGAUCUUCAUUACCUCUCGGAUGUCUCUUGUAUUAUUUUCCUGUCCAUGUUUCCCUCUGCUCUUUGGUCUCCCUAUUUCAAUCUCUCUAAUACAUCCCUAACACAUGUAUCUUCCCCAAACAGAGUUCUAAUCAUAUGAUUCACUUGUUGAAAAACUUGGAGAGGCUCCCCACUGCAUUUCAAAUAAAGAAUAAAUGCCUAAUCGUCAAGGGACCCUCACGAUCUCAUCCAUUCUUUAUUUUCAGACGUAUCGCUCACCACUCCCAAACACAUGGCAAUGUUUUAACUGCUCUCCCCAACUCUUCUCUCCUUUCCUGUUCCUGCUUGUUUGGGGAGGUCUUAUUAAUCUGUGUUAUCCCAUGUAAUAGAGUACAGUGCCUUGCUUAAGAGUUCAGUUAAAAACUGUUUGAAGUUUUGCUUCCUGUGAAUUCAAAACCCAUGGAGUGCUGCCCUCUUUUGGCUAAGAUAGCACAGAGUCCAAAGCACCACAUAGGAAAUGAUGCUGAAUGACUCAUCUUUUCCUUUGGGUUAGAAUCCUCAUGGAAACAAACAAGGCAGGGUGAAAUGAUUCCAUCCUCUUUUCCCAUAUUAUCUAGCUUCAAAGAUUGUUUGUUUAUGGAGAUAGAAAGAAGAUAAAAUUCUGUAUAGAAAACUUGGAACUCGACUAAUUCAGAUAAUAUAUUAUGUGUAAACUCAGAGCUGGGGCAAAGCCAGUAGUUAACUUUGAACACAUCCAGAGCUCCAAGAAUCUUCAGGCCUCAACACGGACUUUUAUAUAAGAGGUAAGGGAUGAGAAAACAACAGGGUUCCCUAAAGGCCUCUUCACAUUAAGAACAGCUUCCUGAUUUAGGGACGACUUAGGCAAGUGGCCAGGUUUUUUUUGUUUUUGUUUUUGUUUUUUAAUACCGAUACUUAGUAUUUGGUGAAGUAAGAAAAAUAGGGCCUGGCCUAGGAGGUAAAGUUUACUUCUGCAGACCCUGCUGGGGCCAAUUUGUGGCCAUGCCUGAGCCAGUCCUGAAGAUCCAGCAGAAGUAUGGAGGAAGGAUGACACGAAGCCCAGGAAGAGUAAUACAUUUUUAAGAAAGGACGACAGGAUGAGAGGUGCACAGAAAAAAGCUUCCGAGUGGAUGCCAUCUCCUGAUUACAAUAUGAAUAUUCUGGGGUUGUUAAUUUUAUAAAGUUAUAACCACGUCUUUAUUACUAAUCACAUUGAACCUCACUAAGUAUAAAGACAAUGAAUAGUAAAUAUGUAUGCAUUAUAAAUAACUGGAAAGCUCAAUUAAGACAGGCCUUGAGCUUUAUCUCAAAUGUCAAUAAAAUCAGACUUCCUUGGAUCUGAAAGGGACAGUCAUUCCAAAACUGAAACUCAGUGGGUGACAGGAUGCCCACACCUCUUGGAGGAGGACAGAAAGGUUUGUGGGCUGGUGUCAGAUACAAGCUUGGCACCAUCUUUGAUUAGGAGCUAAUGUUAGCAGAAAGAUCAAGUGUCAGUCAUGACCAGAGUUGUUUUCUACUAUCUUGAGAAGGUCACCGGAUUGCUGCCCCUUCGUUUUUGAAACCUGAUCUGGGGACCACAAACAGCCACAAUGAAUUGGAUUACUGCCAUGUGCUCUAAAUUGGGCUGACAAGGCUGACUCAGUGCCAGGAGUUGACACAGGAUGCAGCUUGAAAUAUUCACUUGGGGAGAGGGUUGAGAUUUCUUUUUAAUUGUCAAUGAUGUUAUUUGAAGAGAUAGGAUUGAAUAUGAACACUGAGGAGUGAAAUAAAUAUUUGUCAUGCACUUGGAUAGAGAAGAUCCACAAAGGUCAGAAAAUUUUCUGUGUUAAAUUUUAUGUUCUGGGGAUUACUUGGCUAUACUGGGAAGCUGCUGUUCCUUUUAAAAAGAGGUGAGUGGUGGUUCAUGCCUGUAAUCCCAGCACUUUGAGAGGCCGAGGCGGGCAGAUCAUGAGGUCAGGAGUUCGAGACCAGCCUGACCAACAUGGUGAAACCCCAUCUCUACUAAAAAUACAAAAAUUAGCCGGGUGUGGUGGCAUGUGCCUGUAAUCCCAGCUACUCAGGAGGCUGAGGCAGGAUAAUCACUUGAACCUGGGAGACAGAGGUUGCAGUGAGCUGAGAUCACACCACUGCAUUCCAGCCUGGGCGACAGAGUGAGACUCCGUCUCAAAAAAAAUAAAAAAUAAAAAAUAAAUAAAUAAAUAAAUAUUAAAAGGUGAGCCUUCUCUUUAGCAUUAUAAGCAUAAAGUUUGUUCAAAUGUCCAUAAAAAACAAAGGAAACUCCCUCUUAUGUGCAAGGAUAUGUACAAACAUAAACACAGUUUCUUUUAUUUGUAUGUGAAUUUGCAAGCAGCACCUCACUAGAGCUGAGCUUUUGUUAUAUAAAUAAAGCCAUCUGGUAUAUCCAAAGAAUUUCAGUCUCUAGAGAAUAGGAUCAUAAACAAUCGAUCCUCCACAGACCUUUCAGUAUUUUUGUUUAAGUUUCCCACAGCUCUGCUUUAAUUAUUUUAUCUGUUUUUAAUCUUCUAAGGAUUUUAUAAUUUAUAAUUAGCCGUGUCUCUCCCUUCAGGUGUCAUCCUCCCGUUCUCUCUGUCAUCCCUCUGGUUUAGAUCUUCAUUACUUCUCAGAUGUCUCUUGUAUUAUUUUCCUGUCCAUGUUUCCCUCUAAUUUAAUGUCUUUGUGUGAGUGCAUAGAGAGAAAGUCUAUUCUACCAUUUUUUGGCAAUGUGAAGAACAGUGCAUCCUUUAAGGCUUUUUGGUUAAUGAAUCAUAAAUAGAUACUCAGAUUAAUAGAGUUUGGAAGAAGGAAGUAUAGGAUUCCAUUUUUCUGAUGGGAAAAUGAAACAUGGAGAGCUAAGUUCAAGGUCCCAUGUCCCACAACUAUUAACUGCUAAACAUAAUCCAGAUUUUGUGAAUCCCAGUUGAAUAAUCUUUUACUCAACAUUGUCUUUAACUUAAUGUUUAUUUUCUUUUAGGCAUGGAUAUCAAGCAUGCCUCUGAGUAAAACAAAGAGAAUCCAGUCUUUGACCAAUUGACCAAACAAGACCCAAGCAGCUGGGAAGUUUGUCAAGUCUCAUAAGAAUGAGGGAGAAAGGCUACACUGAAAUGAACAUUGUAAGAAAACUCAAUUUAAUGAUACCUUGGAGUAUAUUCUUGCUUCAUGUACUGCUGUUUUCAUUACAAGAAUAUGUUUGUGCAUCGUCUAUAUUGAUGGGAACAUCAAAAAACGGGUUUAAUGAAAAUCGACAGAAAAGAGCUCUUUUAGCAGCACAGUUUGAAGCUACUUCUCCGAGAUACUUUUUCCAUGAUGCUAUUAAUUGGGGUGAGAGCAAAAUAAAAGGUUCUUGUCCUUAUGAAUGCCUUAAUGGAGCUUUCUGUUCUAAGACUGGAACAUGUGACUGUCAAAUAUUUCAGGCUCUUGGGACAAGAUGCCAGAUCAUCCCAAACAUGGGCAACGGCAGAGAUGGGAUUUGUAAAACCUGGGGACAGUAUCAUUUUGAAACAUUCGAUGGCAUCUACUAUUACUUCCCAGGAAACUGUUCUUAUAUUUUUGCAAAGGACUGUGGUGAUUUGGAGCCUCGGUACACUGUAUGGGUUCAUAACAGCCCUAAAUGCCUUGGUUCGGUGUAUUCUUGUUAUCGGUCAAUCAGCUUGUUCUUUUCAAACCAAGAGGAAAUUCGAAUUUAUGGUCAUGAAAUAAAAAAGAAUGGAAUCAGUUUAACAUUGCCUCAGACAAUUGGACAGAUUUUCAUUGAGAAACUAGCUGACUACAUUCUUGUGAAAACAACCUUUGGCUUUUCAUUGGCUUGGGACGGGAUAUCUGGGAUCUACCUCAAGCUGUCUGAGGACCAUAAGGGGAAAUCAUGUGGCCUAUGUGGAAACUACAAUGACAUUCAAUCUGAUGAUUUCAUAAUUCUGCAAGAGGACUAUACAGAAGACAUCGCUAUGUUUGCAAAUAGUUGGUCGGUGCAAACUCCAGAUGACACCAAAUGUGUACUCACACCCUCAGAUUUUCCAAAUCCGUGCUCCAGUGGAAUGCCAGCAUUUGAGGCAAUCUUCUUCAAGUGUCAGAUACUGUUGCAGUUUCCUUUUCUGAGCUGCCAUGAGUAUAUUGAUCCAUACUUAUAUAUUGCCAGCUGUGUUAAUGAUCUUUGCAAAACUGAUGAUGAUGAAACCUAUUGCCGAGCAGCCACUGAGUAUGCUAGAGCCUGCUCUCAUGCUGGCUACCCUAUUCAAGACUGGAGAGAUGACUUUCCAGCAUGCACUGAUAAAUGUGAUGAUAGCUUUGUCCAUCGGGACUGUAUCAGUUGUUGUCCACCAACCUGCACAUUUGAGAAGCAAUGUCUUGGGAGCAAUCUCCAUUGUCUUGAUGGAUGUUACUGCCCAGAUGGCCUCGUAAUGGACAAUGGGACUUGCAUCUCCUUGGAAAAUUGCCCAUGCGGUUUUCAUGGAUUAGCUUAUUCAGUUGGUUCAAAAAUUGAACAAGAAUGUACUGAAUGUGUGUGUGUUGGUGGAGUUUGGAACUGCACUGAGCAAGACUGUCCAGUUCAAUGCUCAGUUGUAGGUGAUUCUCACUUUACAACUUUUGAUGGUCGACAUUAUUCUUUUAUUGGCAUGUGCCAAUACAUCCUCGUGAAAGGAACUGGAAAAGAUAAAUUCACGAUUACUUUACAGAAAGCUCCCUGUGAGCAGAAUCUUGGCUUGGUCUGCCUUCAGUCUAUAACUCUGAUUCUGGAGGAUGAUUUUAACAAACAAGUGACCCUUGGUAGGGGAGGACAAAUUCUCACUAGUCCUAACCAAGGCUUCAACCUGAAUGGUAUUGUUGAAAUUCAAACUCUGUCAUCCUUAUUUAUACUUCUAAAAACCACAUUUGGUUUAAAGAUUCUGUUUGCUAUAGAUGGGGAAAGAAUUUAUAUUCAGCUUACUAGCGCAUGGAAAAGAAGAACAUUAGGUCUGUGUGGCACUUUUAAUGGCAACAUAAGGGAUGAUUUUCUUUCUCCAUCAGGCAUGAUAGAAGGUACACCACAACUUCACGCAAAUGCGUGGAGAGUUUCUUCUACCUGUUUUGCACCUGUUCAUGUCCCAAUGGUGGACCCCUGUAACAUCAAUCAACAAAACAUUGGGUAUGCAGCACACUGUGAUGUCAUCCACCAGGAGCUCUUUGCUCCUUGCCACAUCUAUAUUAGCCCUGGGCUGUACUAUCAGCUAUGCCGCCACGAUGCAUGCAAGUGUGGAAGCUCCUGCCUGUGCAAUGCUCUUGCCCACUAUGCCUACCUCUGCGGCCAGCAUGGUGUUCCCAUUGAUUUCAGAACUCAGAUUUCUUUCUGUGCUGUGGUGUGCCAGAAGGGCAUGCUGUACCAUCACUGUUCCUCGUUCUGCCUCCAUUCCUGCAUUUCUCUCUCUUCCCCGGAGCAGUGCAGUGAUGACUGUGCUGAAGGCUGUAAUUGUCCGGAAGGCAAAUUCUAUGAAGACACUCUUAACUUUUGUGUACCCAUAUUCCACUGCCGUUGUCAUUAUAGGGGCAGUGUUUAUCAACCUGGAGAGCUCAUCCCCACACCCUCGGGCUUAUGCCAGUGUUCAAAUGGGACUGUGAAAUGUGAUGAAUUAGCAACGCCCUCUGCUGUUCACAUCUGCCCAGAGGGAAAAGAGUAUUUCGACUGCAGGUUUCCUGACCCUGAAUUACCAGCUGGUGGUGUUAAUUGUGAGACUACAUGUGCAAACCUAGCCAUGAACUUCACCUGCACCCCAUCCUCACCCUGUAUAAGUGGCUGUGUUUGUGCUCCAGGAAUGGCAGAGCACAGAGGAAAGUGUUAUGUUCCUGAAAGCUGCCCAUGUAUUUGGAAAGAUUGGGAGUAUCUCUCAGGAGAAGUGAUUGCUACACCGUGUUACACCUGCGUUUGUCGACGAGGAAUGUUCAAUUGCACAUAUUAUCCAUGCCCAGCAGUGUGCACAAUAUACGGGGACCGACAUUAUUAUUCUUUUGAUGGCCUAGAAUAUGACUAUAUCAGUGAUUGCCAGGUGUUUUUGAUAAAGAGUGCAGAUGAUUCAGAUAUAUCUGUCAUUGCCCAGAACAAGAAAUGCUUUGACAACGAUAUUGUUUGUUCUAAAAGUGUUUUGAUUUCAGUUGGGGACACUGAAAUUUACCUGAAUGAUACUCCUUACAAACAGAAACAAUCAGGUUUUUUUCUGGAAAACAAAUCUACCUACCAGCUUUGGAAGGCUGGUUACUAUAUAGUAGUAUACUUUCCAGAGAAAGAUAUCACUAUUCUUUGGGAUAGGAAGACAACUAUUCAUAUCAAAGUUGGGCCACAGUGGAAGAACAAGCUAUCAGGAUUGUGUGGAAACUUUGACAAAUGCACUUCAAAUGAUAUGACCACAUCUAAUAACUUGGAAGUGAGAAAUGCUCAGGUAUUUGGAGAUAGUUGGGCAUUAGGACAGUGUGAAAGUCCAGAUGAAACAAUUAAACCCUGUGAGGCACAUCAAAACAAAUUUCCUUAUGCCAAGAAAGAAUGCUCCAUUUUGUACAGUGAUAUUUUUGCUUCUUGUCGCAAUGUGAUUGACGUUACUUCUUUUGCCAAAAAUUGCCAUGAAGAUACAUGUAACUGCAAUCUUGGUGGCGACUGUGAGUGUUUGUGCACUAGUAUAGCUGCAUAUGCAUACAAGUGUUGUCAGGAAGGAAUAUCAAUUCAUUGGAGAUCAUCUACUGUUUGUUCACUUGAUUGUGAAUACUACAAUGAAGGACUUGGAGAAGGACCAUAUAUGCUGGCAAGCUAUGGGCAGAGUGGCCUUGUUCUGGGGGCCAAUAUGACCAGCAGAAGCGUUUUCUGUUUGCCAAGAAGCAGUGUUCAUACCAGUUUAUUUUUUUAUUUUAUGAUCACUCCAGGCCUUUUCAAAGAGAAGGUAUCAUCAUUAGCACUUGUUUCCUUGGAAUCUGCUGAAAGGCCAAACUACUUUCUCUAUGUCCAUGACAAUGAUACUCUUAGCUUGGAGCUGUGGGAGGCGAAUUCAGCCUUUCAUCGGAGAGCAACAUUUUUCCACCAUCAGGGCCUCUGGAUUCCUGGUUACAGUGCAUUUGAGUUACACAGCAAGAAAGGCUUUUUCAUCAUAUUCACAGAUUCUAGUGUCAAAGCAUCAAAAUAUGAUGAUUCUGAAGAAUUUAAACAUUCAAGUAGCUUCAGCAUAGAAGAAAUCCAGGCAGCAGUGCCUUACAGGAAGAUGUGUGAAUGGAGAUAUGAACCUUGUGCUACACCCUGUUUUAAAACGUGUAGUGACCCUGAAGCACUAGCAUGUAAAUUUCUUCCACCGGUUGAAGGAUGCUUGCCCUACUGCCCUAAAAAUAUGAUCCUUGAUGAGGUCACUCUCAAGUGUGUUUAUCCAGGAGACUGUAUACCUGUGAUUCCCGCAGAACCAACAUUAAUGCCACCAGCUAAGCCAACUGUGCCCAUGUUUACAGUUUGGGAAAUGAUUACUCCAUCAGACAUCACUGUGUUUGAUAUGCUAACACCAACUACAGGCUUGGAAUGUGAGCCUCAGAAAUUUGAUCCUGUUUAUGAUUGUAGCCAAUACAUAUGCCUUAAUAUGGAAUGGCAGUUAUACAACUGGUCCCUUAAUUGCCCAAAGGAUGUGGAAAUGCCUGACUGUGGUUUCCGAGGAAGGCCAGUUCAAGUGAACAGUGAUAUCUGCUGCCCUGAGUGGGAAUGUCCUUGUCGGUGUUCCAUGUUGUCAGAACUGAGCAUUAUUACAUUUGAUGGAAACAACGCAGCAUUAUAUAGCAUGGCUUCUUAUAUCUUAGUAAGAAUUCCUGGUGAAAUUAUAGUUGCUCAUAUCGAAAAAUGUUCCAUGAAUCAGAAUGGAAACUCCUUAAAAAAGCUAGCUCCCUCUGGAAGAAUCUCUGGACUUUGUUUUAAGAAGUUAAAUGUGACAACACCCAUACAUAAAAUAAUUGUCAAUCGGUUAGCAAGAAAGGUAGAAGUGGAUUCCAUUGUUGUGCCUUUGCCCUUUUCAAGUCAGGAACUGUCCAUAGAGGAUUCUGGUUCAAUGUAUGUAAUUACUACUCCAGCUGGACUAAUCAUAAAGUGGUCUCAUCUUACAGGAAUCAUAGACAUUCAUUUUGGCUUCCGAUUUAACUUGUCAUCCUACACAGAAGGACUCUGUGGAAUUUGCAAUGAAGAUCCGGAUGAUGAUCUAAGGAUGCAAAAUGGCACAAUUAUUACAAAUAUGGAAGACAUAGGAUUAUUUAUUGAGAGCUGGGAAAUUGAGAAAUCAUUUGAAGUAACAAUGAGAAGACCUGUUAGGAAUUGUACUGAGCAUGAUUGCAGCCAGUGCAUUGAUUUAUUAAAUAGAAGAAUUUUCAUUCCAUGUCAUGAUAAAGUUUCACCGGAAGACUUUUGUGAAAAGAUGUGGAUCAAUUAUACCUAUUUUUGGAACUAUGAAUGUGAUGCACUUUCUGCAUAUGUGGCUCUGUGCAACAAGUUUGAUAUCUGUAUUCAGUGGAGAACACCUGAUUACUGCUCCCUGAGUUGCCCAGAGGGGAAGGAAUAUCAACCCUGUGUGCGACCUUGUGAAGCAAGAACAUGCCUGAACCAAUGGUUCUAUGGACACACUUCUUGUUUGAACCUAAGAGAAGACUGUGUGUGCAAAGAUGGAACUAUUCUUCACAGGCCACAUUCAACCCAGUGCAUUCCAGAGAAAGAGUGUGCAUGCACUGAUAGUGAAGACCAACCCCGCACUGCUGGGGAGAUUUGGAAUGGGGGCAUUGAUGAAUGCGCUCUAUACAAAUGUUUGGAGAAUGGAAGCAUUAUCCCUAUAGAACCUGACUGUGAUGAAGAGCCCAUGCCAGUUUGUGAACGAGAAGCUGAAGUUGUCAUGGGCAUCAUUGAUAAAUGGACCUGCUGUUCAAAGGAAGUUUGUGGAUGUGACACGACUUUGUGUGAAACUACCAUUCCAACAUGUACAAAUAGUCAAAAAUUGAUUGUUGGCCACAGUCCUCUUUCUUGCUGUCCACAGUACAAAUGUGAUUGUGACCCAUUGAAAUGCCCCAGUAUUUCAACACCAGAAUGCAGAGAAGAUCAAUUCAUGAUUCAAGUUCAACAGGAAGAACCUUGUUGUUUUUCCCCUUUUUGUGUUUGUGAAUCUUGCACCAAACCUGUUCCACUAUGUCAUGAUGGGGAAUUUCUCACAGUAGAUCUUAAUAGCACACACUUCUGCUGUCCUCAGUAUUACUGUGUAUGUGAGCCAAACCUUUGUCCUAUGCCAUUACUCAACUGUGCAGAAGAUAUGAAUCUUGUGAAAGAAAAUGUAUCUGGUCAAUGUUGCCCAACAUGGCACUGUGAAUGUAACUGUGAAAACCUUGUUAUGCCAACUUGUGAAGUGGGAGAAUUUACUGCAAUAGACCAUAACUUCCAGAGUGAUUGUGGAUGCAUACAGUAUCUCUGUGAAAAGGAUGAUGUGUGUGUAUUUCAAGAAGUAUCAGUAUUGAAUCCUGGACAAUCCAUGAUAAAGUAUUUGGAAGAAGACUUUUGUUAUACUAUAGAGUGUCUGGAAGAAAAAGAUAACCAUACAGGCUUUCACACUGUGAAUUUUACACUGGUGAAUUGUUCAAAAAAAUGUGAUGUUCACCAGGUAUAUACUCCAUCCCCAAGUGAUUAUGAUUGUUGUGGUACCUGCAAAAAUGUGUCCUGCAAAUUUCAUAUGGAAAAUGGAACAUCAGUUGUAUACGCGGUAGGGAGUACCUGGCACUACAAUUGCACCACAUAUGAAUGUGUUAAAACUGAUGAAGGAGCAAUAAUUCUGAACUACACUAUGGUCUGUCCCCCUUUUAAUGAGACUGAAUGCAAAAUGAAUGAAGGGAUUGUGAAGCUUUAUAAUGAAGGCUGUUGCAAGAUCUGCAAACGAGAAGAAAGAAUAUGCCAGAAAGUGAUCAUUAAAUCGGUCAUAAGGAAACAGGACUGUAUGAGCCAAAGCCCUAUAAAUGUUGCAUCUUGUGACGGCAAAUGCCCAUCAGCUACCAUAUAUAACAUCAAUAUUGAAAGUCACCUAAGAUUCUGCAAGUGUUGUCGUGAAAAUGGAGUACGAAACUUGUCUGUGCCUCUGUAUUGCUCAGGAAAUGGCACUGAAAUUAUGUACACUCUCCAGGAACCCAUAGACUGUACAUGCCAGUGGAAUUAAACCCUUGGGUUCCAAGAGCUCUAUACAACAUCAUAACAUCAGAUAGAAUUAACUUUUAUUACUAUUACUUAGGCAUGUGGCAGAUUUAUGCUGUUUAACAAUACUGUAUUUUUCAGACUUGGAAUGUGGAAAUUUAGCAAUUUGUACAAAAUAUAUACAGUUUCAAUAGCAAAAUUAAAUUUAUUGCUUUACUCUAUUUUAGAAAAUCAAAUGACUGUAAGUUGUUCAGCUGAAAUGCUGUUAUGUAUUUAAUUACAACUUGGUGCAGAUACAGUAUAUUCUCAUCAACUGGAAGGUUAUUUUGCAAAAUUCCUUCAAUUUCACUCAGUAGCUCUUUUUUUCUUAAUUUGCAAAGUCUGCUAUAGCUAUCCAAAUUAAGGUACCCUUUAAUAUGUACUCCUUAAUCUGGUAAAUGUGAUCAGUUAAAAUUGUCAUCUAGAUAGCAAUAAAGAGUGAUAUGCUUAGAGAUAGAUAAUGGAUUAUUUAAAACCUGAAUGGUUUAUAGAGGAGUCAUUAUAAAUUCCCCUCAUUUUGCAGGUGUAACAGGUAACCAGAGAAGCUGUGUGACACGUACAAAUUUAUUCAGUGUAAUAAUAUAGUAAAUUCAUGUUAACAGUUGGAUUAAAUUCUAGCUCUCUCUUAUUCCAGUACUAUAUCACUUUUAAAAUCCUGAGCAGUAUGUAGUAAGAGUAUAUCACAGAAUCUUUCAUUCUUAAAGAGUUUGCAUUGGAUAGAAUUAAGUAUUUUAAGUUUAACAUAUUUGAAAAAUGCCCCCCAUACAUUGUUAUUCCAAUAGUAAGGAGCAGGGAAAUAUAGCAUCAUUUGCUAAAUAGAGGAGAUAGAUCUUGAACUGUUGUUUUUUAUAUAAUUAAAACUGCUAUUAAAUGUGUUGUCAGUAUUUAACAUUUAGUUACUGUCUCAUGAAUAUUUAAUUUUGAGGAUGUACUUGCAUACUGUUGAAGCUGAGUGCUGUUUUGCUGUUAAUGCUGCUGCUUUGCCAAUGAAGAAUGAAAUAAAUUUAUCUGAAUGUAUCAAUAACUUUAAAA